UUAGCCUCACACAAAUAUCUGUGCUAAUUUAAGAACUCAAAUUUAUUAGCACUUUGAACAAUAUAUUUGGUUCCAACAAGAGAAAUACAUGGCUUCACAAGUUUCUCAAAUCCUUGCUUCACCCCAUACUUCCAUCCCCUGCAACAUGGAAAAUCGCCCCAAGGCUGAUUUUCACCCUGGCAUUUGGGGAGAUAUCUUCCUCAAUUGCCCUAAUGAGGAUAUUGAUACUGCAACUCAACUCCGAUAUGAAGAACUAAAAGAAGAAGUUAGGCGGAUGCUUGUGGCUCCCAUGGGUGAUAGUUCAAACCAAAAACUGUCCCUAAUUGAUGCAGUCCAAAGGUUGGGUGUGUAUUACCAUUUUGAGGAAGAGAUUGAAGAUGCAUUAGAAGCUACAUACCAUGACAACAAUGAUGUCGACAAUGAUCUCUAUACCACCUCUCUUCGAUUUCGAUUACUUAGAGAGCAUGGCUUCACUGUUUCAUGUGAGGUAUUCGAUAAGUUCAAAGAUGAGGAAGGAAAUUUCAUGUCGUCCAUAACCACUGAUGUGAAAGGACUGUUGGAGCUUUAUGAAGCUUCGUAUAUGCGGGUGCAUGGGGAAGAUAUAUUGGAUGAGGCAAUUUCUUUCACCACCACUCACCUAACUCUUGCAGCACCUACUUUAGAGUAUCCAUUGUCGGAACAAGUUGCACAUGCCUUAAAACAGUCCAUCCGAAGAGGCUUGCCAAGGGUCGAGGCUAGGCGAUACAUUUCGAUAUACCAGGAUAUUGAAUCCCAUAAUAAGGCAUUGUUGGAAUUUGCAAAGAUAGAUUUCAACUUGUUACAGCUUUUGCAUAGGAAAGAGCUAAGUGAAAUUUGUAGGUGGUGGAAGGAUUUAGACUUUACAAAAAAGUUACCAUUUGCGAGAGAUAGAGUGGUUGAAGGUUACUUUUGGAUAAUGGGAGUGUACUUUGAGCCACAAUACUCUCUUGGUAGAAAGAUGAUGACAAAAGUAAUUGCCAUGGCAUCCAUCGUAGAUGAUACGUAUGACUCAUAUGCAACAUAUGAUGAGCUCAUUCCCUAUACAAAUGCAAUCGAGAGGUGGGAUAUUAAAUGUAUGGAUGAGCUCCCAGAAUUCAUGAAAAUAAGCUAUAAGGCACUAUUAGAUGUUUAUGAAGAAAUGGAGCAACUAACGGCAGAACAAGGGAGACAAUACCGUGUUGAAUAUGCAAGGAAGGCUAUGAUACGACUUGCUCAAGCUUACCUUUUGGAAGCCAAAUGGACCCAUCAAAACUACAAACCAACAUUUGAGGAGUUUAGGGAUAAUGCAUUGCCAACCUCGGGCUAUGGCAUGCUUGCUAUUACAGCUUUUGUGGGCAUGGGAGAUGCUAUAACUCCAGAGACAUUUGCAUGGGCAACCAAUGACCCUAAGAUCAUCAAAGCUUCCACAAUAAUUUGCAGGUUCAUGGAUGACAUCGCUGAACACAAGUUCAAGCAUCGGAGAGAAGAUGAUUGCUCAGCCAUCGAGUGCUACAUGGAACAAUAUGGCGUAACGGCACAAGAGGCAUAUGAUGAAUUCAACAAGCAUAUAGAGAGCUCCUGGAAGGACAUUAACGAAGAGUUCCUGAAACCAACAGAAAUGCCAGUACCUGUACUAAAUAGAAGUCUCAACCUUGCAAGAGUGAUGGAUGUGCUUUACAGAGAAGGAGAUGGUUAUACACAUGUUGGCAAAGCUGCUAAAGGUGGGAUCACUUCAUUGCUCAUCGAUCCAAUUCCACUUUGAACCUAUGUGCCGGUUGAAGAUGUAAUUCAUUGAGCAAUUGAGUUAAUAAAUUAAGUUAAAUUGCGAAUUGAUUUUAAUUUUCUUCAUUUAUGUAAAAGGUUGAUAAAUUCGACCUCUUUGUAUUUCUUUUUCUGUUUUUUAAUCUAGCACAUAUUAAAAGUCA